UGCGGUGGUCGAGUCAACUGGAAGCCGUCGCGGCACCCACAUCGUGUCACUUAGUCAAAGCCACCAAACUUCUGCUAAACUUAAAAAAAAAAAAAACCUUAUAAUGGAUGUCGAAGAGUUUCGUGUGCGCGGUAAAGAGAUGGUAGAUUACAUAUGCACUUACAUGAACACGUUGCGUACCCGGCGCGUUGUGCCCAGCGUGGAGCCAGGAUACCUACGAACGGCACUUCCGGCCGAAGCUCCUCAUCACCCCGAACCCUGGGACGAUGUGAUGAACGAUGUCGAGCAAAAGAUAAUGCCAGGUGUAACACAUUGGCAGCAUCCACGUUUUCACGCAUACUUUCCGGCAGGCAACGGGUACCCUUCGAUACUUGGAGAUAUGUUGUCUGCUGGCAUCGGAUGCAUUGGUUUUUCCUGGGCAGCAAGUACCGCCUGUACUGAGCUAGAAAUAAUCAUGUUGGAUUGGAUGGGAAAAGCGAUUGGACUACCGCCUGCCUUUUUAGCGCUUGAAGAAGGUAGCAAAGGGGGCGGUGUUAUCCAGGGAUCUGCUAGUGAAUGCGUUCUUGUAUCUAUGUUGGCUGCCAGAGCCAAUGGAAUUAAAAGAUUAAAGCAUCAAUUUCCCAAUGUUGACGAGGGACUUUUGCUAUCAAAACUAAUAGCAUAUUGUUCUAAGGAAGCCCAUUCAUGCGUCGAAAAGGCAGCCAUGAUUUGCUUUGUGAAACUUCGUAUCUUACAGCCGGAUGACAACGGAUCUCUUAGAGGUGAAACACUAAAGGAGGCUAUGGAAGAAGAUGAAGAGGCAGGGCGAGUACCGUUCUUUGUCGCUACGACAUUAGGGACUACUUCAUGCUGCUCCUUCGAUAAUUUGCCUGAAAUAGGUCCCGUGGUGCGGAAAUUCCCUUGCGUGUGGCUUCACGUGGACGCCGCAUAUGCUGGAAGCUCAUUCCUCUGCCCAGAACACAAGUAUCAUUUAGCUGGAGUUGAAUAUGCUGACUCCUUCAAUACUAAUCCUAAUAAAUUAAUGCUUGCGAGUUUUGACUGUUCACUAUUGUGGGUCACUAACCGCUAUCUUCUAACAUCUGCCCUCGUGGUUGAUCCGUUGUAUCUACAACAUUGCUACGACCACACUGCUAUCGAUUAUCGACACUGGGGUAUAUCGCUUAGUCGUCGUUUCCGUUCGCUUAAGCUAUGGUUCAUGUUGAGAAGUUACGGUGUUAGCGGCUUGCAAAAAUAUGUCAGAAAGCAUUGCGAACUGGCCAAAUAUUUUGAAAGGCUUGUCAAGAAAGACGAUAGAUUCCAAGUCUGCAAUCAAGUAAAGUUGGGUUUGGUUUGCUUCCGCCUCGUUGGAGGUCCCGACGAGACUCCGGAGCAAAUUGAUGAGAUGAACAAGAAACUCCUCACUAAUAUAAAUGCAUCUGGAAAACUGCAUAUGGUCCCGGCCUCUGUUCGGGAACGUUUUGUGAUACGUUUCUGUGUGGUAGCUCAGCACGCUACACGUGAAGAUAUUGAAGUUGCUUGGGAUAUAAUAUCCGACUUUGCUACGGAGUUAUUAGAGGGUCCGGAUAAGGAAAGGGAUCUAAACGAGGAACGUACUCGUCGCAAUCGUGCCGCUCUAGCCCACAAGCGUUCGUUCUUCGUACGUAUGGUUAGCGAUCCAAAGAUCUAUAAUCCGGCUAUCAACAAAACUCCACCACCGGUAGCUACAUCUCCUGGGUCACCACCCGCUGCUGCACCUUCCACGCCGGAUACUCCAUCCGACUCUGGCUCCAUUCAACAGCCCACUACGCCGAAGCAAUCGUCUUGGAUAAGCUGGCCUCUUGGAUUCUUUUUCCAGAGCGUUGAUCACGACUCUAACGAUUUGCCACUGAGAUUUCGUCAUCUCGACACGAUGGUGAGGUUGAAGAGUCCCGGAGCAAGUCGUCGGGGCUCCACGCCGUGCGCCUCACCCGAACAUCGGGCCUCGUCGCCUUCCAACAAUCACUAAAUGGCAUUUAAACUUUUUAGAAAACCUUUGAAUUCAUUGUACUUAUUCCUGUAAUACAUACUUACUGA